CACUAACCAACCAGAUCACAGCGGUCUCCUUACUGCACACGCGUCAGCGUCUAAUCACCUGUGACCUCUCCUGCAGCUGAUUGGCUGGACCAGUGUACAGAGACACGGCGGCUUCCGACUGGUCAGCAGGCGAUGUGGUGAUUGAGAAAAGAUUAUCCGGUGUGCGGUGACCGGGCCCCGUCCGAGAGAACGAUCAUGGAUUCCCGAUUCAGCCGCGGUAAAUCUUCCAUCCUGGAGCGCUCUCUGGCGCGGCCGAAGACAGAAGUCAGCCUCAGCGCCUUCGCUCUGCUGUUUUCGGAGAUGGUGCAGUACUGCCAGAACCGAGUCUAUUCGGUUUCCGAGCUGCAGGCCAAGCUGUCCGAGUUGGGCCAGCAAGUGGGGUGCCGGAUCCUGGAUCCGCUGGUGAUGAGGGAGAAGAACGGCAAGCGCGAGACGAAGGUGAUCAGCGCUCUGCUCUUCAUCAAGGUGGUGGCCUGGAAGGCGUUGUUCGGGAAGGAAGCGGACAAGCUGGAGCAAGCCAACGACGAUGACAAAACCUACUACAUCAUAGAGAAGGACCCUCUGAUCAACUCUUAUAUCUCCGUCCCGAAGGAGAACAGCACUCUGAACUGCGCUUCCUUCACCGCCGGCAUCGUGGAGGCUCUGCUGACCUGCAGCGGCUUUCCCGCUAAGGUGACCGCCCACUGGCACAAGGGGACCACCCUCAUGAUCAAAUUCGAUGAGUCCGUCAUUGCUCGGGACAAAACGAUGGAUGGACGUUGAAAAUAGGAGGACCCGUGUGCUUUGGUGGCCCGUUGGGUUUAAAAUAUCCCAGGUGGAAGGUCCCUACAAUAAAGUAUUCUAUUCCCACCCCCCCCUGGCAGCCCGUGUCUCCUUCAUUCCC